UACAAUACUUUUUAAAGCUUCCAUUAAAACCCCAAACAAACAGCUUCGGUUAAUUAGGGCAUCGGCUUCUCUCCCAGCUGUGUUCUCCUCGAUAUAUCUCCCUCCUGAGAGAGGAAGGAAAUUUCCAGGUUUAGGGUAAGGGUUUUGUUGGCUUGAGCUUAAUGGAGGAGAUCACGGAGGGAGUCAACAACAUCAACCUCGCUGCGGAUUUACACAAGAAGAACCGGAUUCAAGUCUCCAACACCAAGAAACCCUUGUUCUUUUACGUCAACCUCGCCAAGAGGUAUAUGCAGCAACACAAUGAAGUCGAGCUGUCUGCACUUGGAAUGGCCAUUGCUACAGUUGUUACCGUUGCUGAAAUUCUGAAGAAUAAUGGUUUGGCUGUUGAGAAGAAGAUCAUGACCUCAACUGUUGAUAUGAAGGAUGACUUGAGGGGGCGCCCUGUCCAAAAAGCCAAGAUUGAGAUAUUGCUUGGGAAGACUGAAAACUUUGAUGAAUUGAUGGCUGCUGCUGCAGAGGAGAAGGAAGUUGGAGAUGAAGAGCAAAGUUGAAGGAAUGUUGCUUCUUAGUGUUUAGUUGCCUUGUUCUUAGUCCUGGAAUCAGUAAAAGCACGUGUUAUCAGUCCAUCAUCUUUUCAUUAUAACUUACAAGUGUCCCAGUUAUUAUUAUCUUAGAUGGUAGCUUGCAGAAAUUUUAUCUUAGGAGCAGGGAUACCAAAAUGACAGCUGCUAUUAGAAUUCAGUUUUGUUAGCCAAAUAGUAUUUUGCUUUCUGUUUUCAUUAUUCAAGUUCUUAAAUUGCAUUAGUAGCUGGAGGAUGAUUUGAUUUA